GAUACAAUUCCCGCCUUGAAAAAUGGAGAAAAACCUAAACAGCACAGCAUCCGAGCCAAUCCUAGAAAACGUCUGGGCAAGCUUCAUCGGUGCAAGUCCAUCGGAGCCAUCCAAAACGUGGGAACAAUUGCCCGGUCUCGACGAGAGAACUGGGUCGGUGGGGAUGUUGCAAAGACUGCCUAGUUUAGGCAGGUGGGUGUCAAUGGGGUCCGAAGCCUGGGAAGAGAUCCUAGGUGAGAUCAUCCCUGGAAUGGCUCAAUCAGAUGUUAAAGACAGGACAAGCGGCUCAUGCUCCGAAGCUGAAGUGACCUCCCCAGCGGCCAAGGCGGUGAUUGCACGACACUACCGGGGAGUGAGGAGGCGGCCGUGGGGGAAGUAUGCGGCUGAGAUACGGGACUCAUCGAGAAAGGGGGCUCGUGUUUGGCUCGGGACGUUCGACACGGCGGAGGAAGCUGCUCUGGCUUACGACAAGGCAGCACUAAGAAUUAGAGGGCCUAAAGCAUAUCUAAACUUCCCAAUCGAGCAAGUUGUUCAGGCUAUACACAAGGAUAGCCGGUACAGAAUUCCAGGUGGUUCGGCCACAAUUUCUCGAGGAAGGGGCUGCAAUCACCCGUUGCCAAGUCUUGAAGAGCAAAUCGUCAACCCAGGAAAGAGAACGAGGGAGUGGGAGAGAUUUGAUGGGGGGAUGAUGAAUGAGGGACGUCCAUUGAAGAGGGUGGAGCGCACGGAAGAGAGUCGCUGGAUUGAUGAAUUUGACGUUGUGGAAUUUGAAGAUUUGGGUAAUGAUUUGUUGGAUAGCUUACUGUCUUGUUUAUAAACUGGUGGCCAUGAAAAAAAAAAAGAAAACAAAACAAAAAAAACCUAUUAGGAUGAAAGUACACGAGCAGAUGGUGAAUUUAGUCACCACUGAGACAGAUUCUUUUGAAGUAGCACCAUAUUGUAGUUGGAUUCUUGCAUGA